CUCCUUCCGCACAGGCUGUUGGAAACCACGUUCCUGACCACAUGAACGUCCCCGUUCUCCAUCCGGCUCCUCUGCUGAGGGGCGUUUGUGCCCGGGCAGGCGGUAGCCGUGUCGCCCCAGCAGAGCCCACAGGGUGUCCCCGCCCUGCUCAGCCCUGGGGACCCCAGUGUGACGUCAGAGCCGCCACUGUGAGGUCAGAGUUGGCCAGCGUGGCCUUCCCGCCCGGGGAAGGAGCCCCAGCUGCCAUUUGGCUGUUGCCCUGGGCAGGCAGCUUCUGCUGCGGGUGCUCUUGGGCUGCUCAAGCUGUUGGUGCCUGGACAGGCCAAGUGCUGCGCUGAGCGGGGAGCCCGCCCUUGCCAGCCAUGGCCAGGAGAAAGGCACCCCAGAGAAGAUGCCGAGAGGCCUCCAAAGGCUCCUUGGAGGCCAAGGCCGACCAAGAGCCGGCAGGGGAGGCAGCGGGGCCGAGCCGCUGCCAGACGAGUGGGAGCGCCGGCACGAGGUUGGAGCUGGUGACGCGAUUCUGGAAGUCAAGUCCCGGCUCUGCCACUCAGGGAUUUGCAAAGUGGCGCAAUGAGGCCACAAAAAUUGCAUGGAUUGUCUUCAGCCUCACUUGCCGUGGGGCAGGUGCCCUGGUCUCCCUGUGGACAUGUCUGCCGAGUGUGUCCGUCUUUGCCAUGCACAAGAUGGCCCCAAAAAAGAACUGGUUUGUGAUGGACAGGCAGAGGAUGCAGUUCUUGAGGGACAGGAGGUGCUUCCGAGUCAUCCUCCUGUUGCUCCUGGUGGCUCUUGGCAUUUAUUCCACAACCUUGAUGCCAGGGUGGACAACACGGGCAAAGGGAUGGAUGGAGGAGCAGAUCUGUGGGUCCGCAAUCGAACGGAAGAUCCAGAGCGAUUACCAGGCUUUGCUGGUGGCACAAAAUCAAAAUAUGCGGCGUCUGCUGCAGGAGGUGGCUCAGCUGAGGGUGCAGCUCAUCAGCGCGAGGAAGGCAGCGUCCGAGGCGGCUUCGCAAGUCUCCGUGGAGAUGUCUGACUGGGCCCUGCAGAGCGCUGGUACGGACACAAGCAGCCCAGCCGUGCUCCCGGCGCUGCUCUCCAAACUGGUGAUGAGGACAGGACUGAAAAACGAGGAGCUGGCAGCGGCCUCACGGGUCGCGUCUGAGCACCGAGUGCUCCGCUUGCAGUCAGCUGCCCCCACUUCCUUCCAGGUGCUGCCAUCGACACGCGGAGAACUUCCCAGACCUACGGCUGCCAAGGGAAUUGGAUCUGCGGCGUUAUACAGUUAUUUCAUGCUGCCAACCCUCCUGAGGCUGUUCUGCAGGUAUGGCAGCAGAAAUCCUCAGUCCUGGUUUCCUUCCUUCCUGGGAAGUUGGAGCCUGAUCUCAGGGGCAUUUCCCAGCUGCAGCAGACCCCACAGACACCCCGGUGCCUGUGCUGCAAGCUCCAGGAGCAGUUGUGUUGGCCCCAGCGCUCUCUCACGCUUCAUUUCUCUGCUGUUCUGGGUGCAGCCCGAUGUUUCCCCAGGGAACUGCUGGCCGUUCCAAGGGCGUCACGGCCAGGUGGUCAUCCGGUUGCCAGCACGAGUCCACCUGAGAGCCGUCACUGUGCAGCACAUCUCCAAGGAAGCCUCUCCCUCUGGGUCCGUCAUUAGCGCCCCCAGAGACGUCGCCGUCUUUGGACUGGAUGCGGAUGGAGAAGAGGAAACUCUGCUUGGGAUGUUCAUGUACAACGUGGCGAAAGAGCCCAUCCAGACGUUCCCGCUGAAGGUACGGUCCACACGCGGGGGAAAGAUGCCAGGGAGCAAAGCAGGUUUGCCCGCACGUCCACAGCAGGAAGAGCGUGAACGCUUUCUCGCUGGGCACAGGGGCCCGCAGCACUUCUGGGAGCUGGUUCCUGCGCAGGAGCCGGGCUGGCAGGGGCAGAUCCAUUGACUGCACUCUGGCUCUUAACGCCUCCAUUUCCUUUUGCCUCUUUUCUUCACAGGCACUUCCCAGAGCCUUUUCAUACGUCAAAUUUCUUGUCAAGACCAACUGGGGAAACCCGAAGUAUACCUGCAUUUAUCGAGUGCAGGUUCACGGGAAGAUGGCAAAACCAGAAAGCCUCAGCUGAAACCAGAGCAGAAACAAAGGCAAAAAAUAAAAAAUGCUGUGUCGGUUCAGAUCGGUGUAGAAG